AAUAGGUUGUUUGAAUCAUAUUUACUUUAUAAUUUACAGGAUAGUAUUCUUAUCAUACCAUGCCCUUUGUUUGCCCAGGAACCUACAAAUGAUUAUCUUUAUUUUUCACUUAUACCUUUUAUAAUUAAAGGAAUAAACAUUACACCAUGUAAAUCUUAUUUAAAUGCUGAUUUAGAUAAAAAUUUAAUCUAUCAGGAAAAUAAGAAUAAAACCGGUGUAUACCUUUGAAUUAACAUAAGUAAUAACAACAGCUACGUAGGUAGUAGUUUUAAUUUAUCUAAAAGAUUUACUUGAUACUAUAGUUUUAAUAAUUUAAAUAGAUUAGUAGAAAACAGCGCUAGUCUUAUAGGGAGAGCUUUAUUAAAAUAUGGUUAUAGUGGAUUUAGGUUAUAUAUAUUAGAAUAUUGUGAAAGUGAUCAGCUGCUAAACCGAGAACAAUAUUACAAGGAUCUUUUGAAUCCAGAGUAUAAUCUUUUACGAGUAGCAGGUUUAUCUUUGGGUAUAAAACAUUCUCUUGCUACUAUAGCUAAGAUUAAAUCCCAUAAGUUUACGAGCGGACAACUAGCUAAAUUGAGAGAGCAUUUAAAUAAACAAAAUGCUAGUGAUGAGCAAUGGGCUAAAGCUAGGGAGAGAAUGCUUAAGAUAAAUAAGGAUAAAGGUAUAGGGAUAGAAGUGUUUGAUACGGUGACAGGAUUGACAGCUGUUUAUAGCUCGAUUCGUCAAGCUGCAUUGGCCAUAGGUUGUCCACAUUCGAGUAUGUUAUUAGCCAGAAAGGCAUUUGUGAACAAAGGGGUUGAAACCUUUGUAAAAAAAGAUACAUAA